AUGGCCACUCUCUUCUCCGUUCCGAUCACCUCGACAGGUGGCACCAUCGUGUGCACCAAACAGGGCAAAGAGGAGGAAAACAUCUAUGUCCUGACUUUCACAUCCCCGAAAGAUAACCGACUGACUCCGACGUUCAUCGAUGCUUUCAUUUUGGCACUGGACAUCAUUGAGCACCGCUACCCUAAGGGCGUCGUGGUGACGACUAGCGGUAUUCCCAAGUUCUACAGCAAUGGUCUUGACUUGGAUCUGGCAACCAGCACAGAGGGAUUCUUGGACAAGUGGCUGUGGCGUUUGUUCCGGCGAUUCCUAACAUACCCCAUGCCCACGGUGUGCCUUCUGAAUGGCCACGCCUUUGCCGGUGGCUUUAUGCUGGCUAUGUAUCACGAUUAUCGUAUUCAGAACCCUGAUAAGGGCUUCUUGUGUGUCAAUGAGCUUGAAUUUGGUGUUCCUCUCCAAACGCCCAUGAUGUCUAUUUUCACUGAGAAGCUGACCCCGACCACAUUCCGGAGUGUGGUCCUCGAGGCGCACCGGUUUGGCGGGCAUGCCUCGCUGAAGGCGGGAAUUGUUGAUGCGGUUGGUGGCUUGGAUGAGGCUGUUGGACUAAUUCGUGAUCGCAAGUUGCUUAACAAGGCAGCUACUGGAAUUUACGGCACUAUGAAGGAGGAAAUGUACUCUCGUGUUCUUAACGGACUGGACGAUCAUGCUGGAAAUCUGGCAUGGCGGGACAAGGUGGAAGACCGGAAUGAGGAGCUGCGGGCAGAGGGUCUCAAGGAGGUUGAAAAGUGGGAGAAAUCAUACAAGGCAAAGUUGUGA